AUGGCAAGACCAGCAAGAUACGUCAGCGAGUCGAUGGUUGCCAUGCGCAAGGCCUAUACUGAAUGGGGUCUCACUGGACUUGCCGAGGAGAUACAAAAGCUGGAUCAACACUACGCUCCACUCGUCAACAUCUCUCGCCUAUCUACCCCCGUCAUGAUCGAACACGGCAUGCUGCUUCUUGCUCAAAUCCCUCGCGACAUGCUGCUAAGCAUCCUUAACAACACUCUGGUUUCGAACUUCAAAGCCGGCAAAAUCACACUACAAGACUGGAAUCUCAUUCCCCGUUCUGUCAAGCAGCAGAGAGAGCCCGCGAUAUACGUCAACUACUACACAACCCCUGACGGCACUGGUUUGACUAUCACGGAAUAUGAGCAGUACCUACAGGCAAUGGAAGAUGCCAUUCAAGGCAGGACAACAACAGUCAACGGCGUCAGCAUCAACAUUGUCUCAGAAGUGAACAAGUACUACAAACAACGCACCAACGAAAAGGGUGCAUUCUUGACCGCCCACAAGACUGCCACCCGUCGCGAUCUGCCUGAUUUCUUGAAGUAUCAGCAGAAAGUGGUUGCGGCUGCCAAAGCCAAAGGUGCUGGCAGGAUACGUUUCCCCGGCGAAGUCGGCUGGGCCAUCAAUACUGACUCUCGAGUAAAAACUCAUCACAAACUCCAAGGAUCAGCGAUUAUGUUCCGCUUGACCAUGUGUGUCGUCAGUGUAUUAUUUCCACACAGAAACUUCGAACUGAACUCAUUCGCUCUUUUCCGUGUGGUCAUGUGGAAUCAUGCCGAGAUUGGCGAAUCGAUUGGAUCUCACCUAGUCAACAGCUACGCCGGUUAUGGUGGUUUCAACUUUACCACCGCCGGUAUAUCAGUCAACUCAGCCAUCAUUGCCAAUGCCAGAUUGUGGAUGACUGUAUGCACUCAAUACGAGGAUGUCAUUGACUAUGCUCACCAAGCUAUCCUCGCUGAUCGUCAGAUGUUUGAAGACAAGGUCCAGAAGCUUGAGGUGAGUUUCCAUAAUCUCGUCAUGACCAUCUUGAAGUAUAGUAUACUGAUAGAACCAAAGGAGGAAAUCGAACGCCGCCAGAAGUUUGACAAGCUAGCCGACUUGGAAGACGAGUUGGACAAUCUCCUAGAACAGGCCGGUGACGACUCGCUUCAUAUCGCAGUUCGCGAAGAAACAAAAAAGGUCAAUGAUCUUCAGAGAGUGUUUCAGAAACAAGAGGGGGAGGUCAAAAAGUGCUAUGACAACCUGUCGACCCUUGCUGCCGACUUCCAGCUUCUCGAUGUCGCUCCAUCGACAAUCGCUCACAGUAGUGGCAGUCAUUCGUCCAACUCAGGCGAGGGAGCUCAGGCGUCUUGA